AUGUUGUCCUUACUCCUCGUCGGUACGAUCGAAGCCGGUGUCCUUUUGGGUAAUGAUGGCAUAUUCCAUAAAGCAGCUAAAGCAAUUGGGAUCGACAACUUAGUCAACGUAGGUGUCGAUGCACGUGUUAAAGUUCUGAGCAAUGAAGUUGGCAUAGAUGGUGCAGUUGGAAUAGGAGGAAAAGGAAUCGGUGCACAUGCUUCCGCAGAUGCCGAUGUCCUAGGACAAAAAGCAAAAGUUCACGCAGAUAUUCUCGAUGGACAUAAGAUCGACCAGCACAAUCACGAAGUAUUCAGGGAUUCUCAAAACCGCCAGUACAUCUUACAACGACAAUAUAUUGGUUCUAAAUCGGUUCAAGUCAGGAAAUACCUUGAUAAUGGAAAAAUUUACGUUGAUGGAGCGAAUGAAGAUAAUGCACUGCAGCAUCAACACGUAGAUGAUUAUCCCAAUCGGUACAAUAUAUACCAAGGGAAAAUCUAUGACGUUAAUGGAGGGUGGUGGGAUUUAACCACUAAACGGUACUACAACCGUUUAGGACAAUGGAUAAGUAGUAGAAUCUGGGAUCCCAGAAUCCUUAUGCGUUCUAAAAACGCUGAUAAGACAAGAAUCUAUGACAACGAUGGAGGAUGGUGGGACCUAACGACACGCAGAUAUUACAAUAAAUUGGGCCAAUGGAUCAGUAGCAGAAUUUGGGACCCUACGAUUUUAUUUCGUGAGAAUCAAUCUGCUGUAACAAAAAUAUACGAUCAAGAUGGUGGAUGGUGGGAUGUGAACAACAAAAGGUACUACAAUCGAUUAGGUCAAUGGGUUAGUACUAGAGCUUGGAAUCCUAAUAUUUUACUACGUUAUAGACCCUCUGAUGUAACAAAAAUGUAUGAUCAAGACGGAGGUUGGUGGGACUUAAAUACUAAAAGAUACUACAAUCGUUUAGGCCAAUGGGUUAGUACUAGAGCUUGGGAUCCCAAUAUGUUAAUCAGGUAUAGACAUGCUAAUAAAUCACGGUUCUAUGACAACGAUGGAGGAUGGUGGGACUUAAUGACUAGAAGAUAUUACAACCGUGAUGGACAAUGGAUACGCGGUAGAAUAUGGAACGAAAAAAUUUUGAAUUUAGCCCAGCAGCAACAACAAAAUUGGCAACAGUGGGAACUGCAACAACAAUCGGAAAAUGAGAAUCAACAGCAUUCAAAGGAGAAAUGGAGUCAAGAACAAGAACCUCAGCAGACAAAAUGGGAAUGGGCUCAACAACAAAACAAGCAAUCAAAAGAAGAAAUGAACCAAGAACAACAAGAGCAACAACUAAAAUGGGAAUGGGACCAAGAACAACAGCAGCAAGAUAUAGGUUGGGAUCAACAACAAGAUAAACAGCACAAAGACCAUCAAGAGGAGCAACUAGACCAACAAAUAAAACAACAACAGCCAAACUGGAAAAAAGAACAGCAACAAUGGAAUCAACAACAAGUACUAACAGGUCAUCAACCAACGGAUAAAAUGAUUAAUGUCGAUUCCGUUAAUGGUGUUCUUUUUCCACGUAACGAAUAUUAUAAAACUGAGCCACUACAAGACAUGUCUAGAGACAGACAUGCUACCGUUAGACUACCUUUUAAGCAACUUAGUGAGAAUGUUGUCGAUCUUUCAUCUAACUUACCAUCUGAAUAUUCUCAUAAUACAGAUGCAACCGUAAAUACUAACCAUCAUAAAGAUAACAAAUUAAACAAUCUGCAAAUCAUCAACAGAAACGCAGAAUUAGAAAAUAAAGAUUCUAAGAAUAUGGAAAUUGUUAAUUUUCCAUCUGAGCCCCACGGAGCUACUCUUAAAAAGCAACUACUGAAUGAUAGUCCUAAAAAUAUAGUAUCCAAAGAGGCGGGUGUCGAAAUUUCUUCUAUGCCACUUGUAGCCACUUCCAGGGACAGAGAUGCUACUGUUAGAAUUCCUUCUGAAAAUCGACUUGAUGAGAUUCCUGAAAAAGUAGUUUUAAACGAGGAAGAUUUUGAUCUAUCUUCUGUGCCACUUGUAGCCACUUCCAGGGACAGAGAUGCUACUGUUAGAAUUCCUUCUGAAAAUCGACUUAAUAUAAUUCCUGAAAAAGUAGUUUUAAACAAGGAAGAUUUCGAUCUUUCUUCUGUGCCACUUGUAGCCACUUCCAGAGAUAGAGAUGCUACCGUCAGAAUUCCUCUUGAACAACGACUGUUAGAUGAUAUUCCCAAAAGUGUAAUUUCAAAUGAGGAAGUUAGUGAACUUUAUUCUGUGCCACUUGCAACCAGUUCGAUCCACAGAGAGCAAGCUGCCAAUCUUGUAGCUACUUCUAGAGAUAAAGAUGAACUCGUAAAAAUUCCUCGUUUGCCACAAGAUGAUUUAAGUAGCGUACAUUCAAGUGAAGAGAUUACUGAUAAGUCUUCCAGACUAGCGGUAGGUUCUUCAUAUGAUAGAGAUGCAACCGUGAUUCUUAGACCUCAAAAAGAUAAAAUGUUAGACGGUGAUGAAGUUGUAACCACUUCCAGAGACAGUGAUGCUACCAAUAGAAUUUCUAUUGAACAUCAACUACUACAUGGUAUUCCCAGGAACGUAGUUUCAAACAAAAAGGUAAUCGAACUUUCAUCUGUACCAUUUGUAGCCACUUCCAGGGACAGAGAUGGUACCAUCGGAAUUCCUCUUGAACAACAAUCACUAGAUGAUAUCCUCAGGGACGAAGUUUCAAACGAAGAGGUCGUCGAACUUUCUUCUGCGCCACUUGUAGCUACUUCCAGGGACAGAAAUGCUACUGUCAGAAUUCCUCUUGGAGAACCACGACUACUUAAAGACGUAAUCUCCAGAGAGCGGAUGGCCAACCUUACUUCUGUACCUCUUUCAGCUACUUCUAGAGAUGCUUUAGAUAAAAUUCUUCAUGUUUCACAAGGUGAUUCAAGUAGCGAUCAGUUAUAUAAAGAGUUUACUGAUAUAUCCUCCAGACUAAAGGAAGGUACUUCUUAUGAUAGAGAUGCAUCCGUGAUAUUUAGACCUCAAAACGAUAUGUUGGAGGGUGAUGAUGUUGGAAAAGUUGUAGCUACUUCCAGAGACAGUGAUGCUAUCGACAGAAUUUCUAUUAAACAACAACAACUACUAAAUGAUAUUCCCUGGAACGUAGUUUCAAACGAAAAGGUUGUAAAACUUUCAUCUAUGCCACUUGUAGCCACUUCCAGGGACAGAGAUGCUACCAUCAGAAUUCCUCUUGAACAACGACUACUUGAUGAUAUUCCCAGGAAUGUAGUUUCAAACGAAGAGGUUGUCGAACUUCCUUCUGUGCCACUGUUAGCUACUUCCAGGGACAGAGAUGCUACUGCCAGAAUUCAUCUUGGAGAACCACGACUACUAAAAGAUGUAAUAACCAGAGAUCGGUUGGCAAACCUUCCUACUGUACCUCUUGUAGCUACUUCUAGAGAUAGAGAUGCUCUCGUUAAAGUUCCUCAGUUGUCACAAAAUGAUUCCAGUAGCGUACAGUUAAAUAAAGAGUUUACUGAUAUGUCCUCCAGAUUACAAGAAGGUACUUCUUAUAAUAGAGAUUUAACCGUGAAUCUUAGUCCUAAAGGAGAUAGUACAAUAAACGUUAAUGAGGUUAUAGAAGAAGAAGAUAACGAUAAAUUAGAUACUACUAGCGUUUCUAAAGAUAGAGAUUCUAGUGUCUACGUAAUUAACAGACCAAAUGAUAUUACGUCCAGAGAAACUUCCGUUCGUAUUAUUUCUGGACAACCACAGCUAUAUACCAAAGUUGUUAGAUCUCAAAAUAAUAGAGUCGUUGAAGUGGAUGAUCCAAGAUUUUCUGUAAAUGGUGUCCAUGUGAAUUUAUUUAACAAUGUGAAAAAUCAUGAAAUUUCUGAAGAUGAUGGUCCUUCUUUAUUGAAUGUACAUCCUCAGCAUAAAGUUUAUUUUGAAAAAAUAAUCAGGGAAGAACCUGUUAAUGAACAUUGGGAAGUUCGUGGGAUUCAUGCUCCUAGUACUAAUCAUCAACGGCAGCUCCAACAACUUCGUACUACUUCCCAUAAUGUUGUUAGCAGACAUUUCUUAGUUCCUUAUCAACGCAAACAUACUGUUGAACAAGUAAUAUAUCAACCUGACGGUGAAAGGGUGUAUUCAUCUCAAACAUACCAUUCGUCAGACAAAUUGGGGCAAGAUGCUCAACAACAAAAACACUUACAAGGACAAGAACAAGAAGAUCAACAACUAAACUGGGAACAACAACAGCAACAAUAAGAACAAGCGUAUUGAGAAGAAGUUAACGAAAACAAAAAAUAAAUAAUUUUAAAGGUUUAUUAAUAAAUAAAUAAAUCAAAAGUAUGACUAGUCAUGGGUUAGAAAGACAUACAUGUGAUUCUUUUAAAUUGUAAUUAAAAAUUUAGUAAAUAU